AUGGCCCGUACCAAGCAGACUGCGCGGAAGUCUACCGGAGGCAAGGCGCCGCGCAAGCAGCUGGCCACUAAAGUGGCCCGCAAGAGCGCGCCGGCCACCGGCGGCGUCAAGAAGCCACACCGCUACCGGCCCGGCACGGUGGCCCUGCGCGAGAUCCGGCGCUACCAGAAGUCCACCGAGCUGCUGAUCCGCAAGCUACCGUUCCAGCGGCUGGUGCGUGAGAUCGCGCAGGACUUCAAGACCGACCUGCGCUUCCAGAGCUCGGCCGUGAUGGCACUGCAGGAGGCGUGCGAGGCCUACUUGGUGGGGCUCUUCGAGGACACCAACCUGUGCGCCAUCCACGCCAAGCGCGUCACCAUCAUGCCCAAGGACAUCCAGCUGGCGCGCCGCAUCCGCGGGGAGCGCGCUUAAGCUCUGCGCACUUGCGAAGG